CCCAGACUGCCUCUGGCCUUGUGGACGGAUGUGUUUCCAGCGCAUAUCGACAGAAACCAGAAGCCAUGGUGAGAGGCGACCCAACCGUCAUCUCGGAAUUCCUCCUCCUGGGACUGUCCGAGGUGCCUGAACAUCAGCCCCUCCUCUUCUGUCUGUUCCUGUGCACGUACCUGGUCGCUGUGGUGGGGAACCUGCUCAUCGUUCUGGCCAUCAGCUCCAUCUCCAGCCUCCACACCCCCGUGUACUGCUUCAUAGCCACCCUGUCCCGCGUGGACAUCUGCUUCACCUCCGCCAUGGUACCAAAGAUGCUGCUAAACAUCCAAACCCAGAGCCAAGCCAUCCCCUACGCAGCAUGCCUCACGCAGAUGUACUUCCUAAUUGUGUUUGCAGAGCUGGACAGUGUCCUCUCGGCAGUGAUGGCCUAUGACAGAGUUGUAGCCGUCGGUCACCCUCUCCACUCCACCACACCCAGGAGCCCCAAAUUCUGCAUCACAUCUCUGUCUGUGGCUCUGGCGGUCACAAACAUCUAUCCCUGACCCUCACCCUCCUCGCGAGUAGCCUGUCAUUCCG